AUGACCCCCGACCAACAAUUCCUUCUCAAGCGCCGCCUGAAGGACCUCAACGAGCUUCGAGACAAGCCAUAUCCAGGCAUUAGACUCCACAUCGACGACGCGGACCUUAACAACGCGUGCCUUGUGCUUGAGCCCGAAGGCGAGACUCCGCUACACCUAACACUCCAUUUCAGCAAAAGCUACCCGCUUGUCCCGCCAGACAUCACAAUCCAGAGCAGUGUCUCACACCCAAAUGUCUUCGAUGACAGGAUCUGCAUCAACAUCCUGAGCAGCCGCGAUGGAUACACGCCAGCCUACACACUCAAAGGCAUCUGCAUACAGAUGCUAUCAUUCUUCUUCAGCGACUCAAUCGAGCAGAUGUACGGCGAGAAUGGGGGCAAGGUUGAUCGCAAGCAAUGGCAGGGCACUGGUGCCGAUGGCUACGGCGACUUGGUGACAAAAGACACUUUCCAGUGCAACAAGUGCGGCUUCGGAGCCUCGCAUUCUCAUCCAGCAUCCGACCAGGAUGUCGAAAUGUCUGAUGCGCCUACGUCAGAGAGUUCACUCACAUCGAAUGGCGCGAGCAGCACGACUUCCGCAGACCCAAGCCACGUUCCCACGAGACUUAUCGACAUGCCACAAGAGCUGCUGCUGGUCAUCUGUGAUCAUUUGGAUGACGAGAGUCUGCUACUUGCGGCGCGAGCAUGGAACGGCUUCGGGCGUGUGAUGCGGCAAUACAACAUCAUUCGCACGCGAGAACUGCAAUGCUUCACCCUCAAGCAGGGCUUCAACGACCUGGAUCUCGGCAUUGGCGUCCACAUCAAAGGCAAGAGCAUCCAGUCAGAAUUCGACAUUCUCUCACAAACGGCAUUCAAGAACCUGCAAGUGCGGCGGUCCAUCCAGGGGUUGUCCUUCGAGCAUUGGCUUCCCUUGCCAAUUGCGCAGAAGCAUUGGCUGCGCGUCCGAAAUGGCAUUGACAACCACUUCAAAGGCAUUUCCAGUGCAGCAAAUGUCGCUGGAUCGGCCGACAAGGUCAUAUACUCCUUCAUGAACGAAGUCGUCGUCAAGCUUUCUUUAGAAGCCAAGGACCUGGAUACUCGUGGCCGUGGCUUCAACAGCUUUGAUGGCGACGAGCCACCGAAGUCCACUCUGACGGCGGCAUCCGAGAAGGCCAUCGAGAGCUACUUUCACCUGUUCCAUCUGCUCCUCUGCUUGGCCUGCGAGCGCCCCGAGAUUCCAAAUGAGGCCAACAACACCAUCAAGAGCUUCAUCGCUGGGAGUCACGACAAGCAGAAGGUGCCCGAUCUAGGUCAUCUGCUCAUCAUGAUUCUUAUCAGCGAAGUCGACGUCACUCCUGAGCUCAUUAAGGCAAUCAUAGAGGAGGCUGUGACGCGAAAUGUGGUCUGGAUGCUUGACAAGCGAGGGCGGGAUAUGGCCGAGCUGAGCUUCCUCGAAACCAGCGCAGUCUCCGGAUAUCGACUUCAGAAGACUUUCGAAGCCAGCAAGACGUCCUAUCGACUUCUAAUGUUCUUAAAUGUCAUGCGCAAGGUCGUCCGCUCCACUCGCACUCAUAAGCAGGAAGACGGCUCUUUGAAGAAGCUGACGCUCGCUGAGCUGCGGGACCAGCUGUUCGACCGACAUGGCGCACCACCAAAUGGAGCAGCAGCAAAACUCGC